AUGCCUUCCCGACUAAUGAAUGUGUCCAGCAGAGAAACCACCAGCUCCAUCAGCCACUUCAUCCUCAUGGGCUUUCCCUCAAGCCCAGAAAUUCAGUUCCUCUACUUUGGGCUCUUCUCAGAAGCCUAUAUCUUGACCCUGUUGGGGAAUGCAGCCAUCAUCUGUGCUGUGUGUUGGGACUGGCGUCUUCACACUCCCAUGUACAUCUUCUUGGGGAAUUUCUCUCUCUUGGAAAUAUGUUAUGUUACUACAACCAUCCCUAACAUGUUGGCUAACUUCCUGUCCACUAGCAAGUCCAUCUCCUUUGUGAGUUGUUUUACACAGUUCUACUUCUUCUUCUGUUUUGGGUAUGAUGAAGGCUUCUUCCUUUGCAUCAUGGCCUUUGACAGGUACCUUGCCAUCUGCCGUCCUCUACAUUACCCACACAUUAUGUCUAAGCAGCUAUACACUGGUCUUGUCAUCUUCGGAUGGUCAUGUGGGUUCAUCCUCUUCCUAACCCCAGUUGUUCUCAUUUCACAGCUGCCCUAUUGUGGUCCAAAUAUCAUCAAUCAUUUUGUGUGUGAUCCUGUCCCAUUGAUGAUGCUGUCCUGUUCUGCAGACAUCAUCACUCAGCUCACUUACUCUACUUUCAAUGCUGUUUUCAUGAUUGGAACCCUUCUCUUUAUCCUUUGCUCCUAUGCUCUGGUGAUUCUGGCUGUACUCCGGAUGCCCUCAGAGGCUGGCAAACGCAAGGCUUUCUCAACUUGUGCUUCUCAUCUGGCAGUUGUCACCUUGUUUUAUGGCUCCAUUUUGGUGAUGUAUGUUAGUCCUGGAUCAGGACAUCCAGUGAAAACUCAGAAAUUCAUUACCUUGUUUUAUUCUGUGAUAACACCUCUAUGCAAUCCUCUAAUAUAUAGCCUCAGGAACAAGGAAAUGAAGGCUGCUCUGAGGAAAAUGUUCAGGACUGAACAAGGUGUCCAUAAAAUAUAA